CUCAUAACUGCAGAGCUUUUGAAGAGGUUCAAGAAGGGUGAUCGAUUCAUCAACAUCGUACGCUGCGCUCUCUUUGAUGGAGCUGCACUCGUGCAAAUUUUCAAGAGUGGUCACCUUUUUGCUGUUGGCCUUGACGUUCAUGAGCACGAGCCACACGUCAAUCAGAAGUUGUGUAAGAUGCGGAAUGUGACCUAG